GUUUGCCCAGCCCCGGGGCUGGGCUUUCCCAGCACGGCCCCGCCAUCGCUCUGCGAACCCGCCGAGCACCGGGGUUGCCGGCUGGGGCUCUGCUGCCUCCAUGCUGUCCCCAGAGGGUUUGGUGGCCGCAGCCGCAGUGCUCGUGGUACUGGGUGUCCUGGCUUGGUGCCUUUGGGAAGGGAGGCUGGAGGUGUCUGGAGACCUGGCAGAGGAGGAGGAGGAAGAGAAGGGGAUCCCCUUCAUGGCCGAGGAGGGCUCAGGGUGCUGCCGGUUGCUGUGCAAGCCCUCGGCUCUGGCCCAGCACCUGGUGCGGAGCUUGGGGCGGUCGGCGGCGCUGCGGGGGGGACGGUGGCCGUGGCCACGCUGGCCUCAGCUCCAGAUGCUGCAGCAGCUCCUGCAGCCGCCUGAGCCGGAGCCAGUGGUGGCCCGGGAGCUCCUGCAGCUCUCUGAUGCUGGGCUGGUGGCCCUGGACUGGCUGGUGGGACCGUGGGGGGCUGUGGGUGGUGUUGGGGGGGUCUCCAGCCCGGUGCUGCUACUAAUCCCCAACGCUGCUGGGAAGGUGACGGGAGGGCUGUUGCAGCUGGGGCUGCGGGCGCUGGAGCGGGGCUUCAUCCCCGUCAUCUUCAACCGCCGGGGCCACAACGGCUGCCCCCUCACCACCCCCCGGCUCCAGCCCUUUGGGGACCCCGGGGACCUGCGGGAGGCCGUGACCUACCUGCGGUGCCGGCACCCCACUGCCUUGCUGCUGGCCGUCAGCGAGGGCUCGGGCUCGGGGCUGCUGCUCGCCUACCUGGGGGAGAGUGGCUCCUCCAGCCACCUGGCUGCUGCCGCCUGCCUCUCCCCCAUCUUCCGUGGCCGGGACUGGUUUGAGGCUGCGAUGCCCUGGCUCUACGAGUGGCCGCUGCUCCUCCACCUCAAGCAGGGAUUAAGCAGGUACGCGGGGUCCCUGGCCGAAGCGGUGGACAUGGACAGGCUGCUGGGCAGCCGCUCGCUGCGGGAGCUGGAGGAAUCCCUCUUCUGCCGGACCCGGAGCCGCCCCACGAGCUGGGAGGUCUACUGGGAACGCAACGAGCCCCUGCGCGACGCGGACGAGGCGGCCGUGCCGGUGCUGUGCCUGUGCAGCGCCGACGACCCCGUGCGCGGCCCCCCGGCCCGCAGCCUGCCCAUGGAGCUCUUCCGCAGCAGCCCCUACUUCUUCCUGCUGCUGACCCCGCGCGGGGGCCACUGCGGCUUCCCCCGCCGGGCACCGGGGCGCUGCUGGGGCCACGAGGCCGUGCUGGAGUAUUUCAGGGCCAUGGCCGAGUUCCUCCGGACGGAGGAGCGCAGGAAGGGGCUGCCGCGGCCCGGCAGGUGGGGGGGCCCCGCCGUCGAGCCCCCCGUGUUCACCUGGCAGAGGUCCUACACGCGGUAGCCCCCCUUCCCGGGGGGCUCACAAAGGCAGGCAGACACUCCGUGUACUAAAAUUACUUUAUUACAGUUGAUUUUUUUUUUAACAUUUCCUUUGCUAUGAUACAAAGGAUACUUA